UUGUUAGGACCGACAGUUUCUCCGGUCUCCGCGAUAUCGGAGCGGCAUUUAUUGACCGCAGCUAUCCUAGAGGUAAACCUCUCCAACGGCAUCAUCGCGGCCAAAUAACAGGAAUUGGGGUUGUAUACUUGUGGGAAGAGCUCUUUCUGGUCUGGCUGUGGUCUUAUCGUCCACAUUGCCUUGAGAGCGCACGAAAUCGAGUCACUUAUUGAACUCCAACUCUGAGUCAUUUCCACUUGGAACAAAAGCCUCAUGGCUUCUCCCGCGCAACCCACAGCAGCCAUGGCCACUCUGGCUCGGAUGGCGAAAGGCCAGGUGCGAUGCUACUCCGCACCUGUGGAUGCUGCCUUCCCAGCUAGCAAGCGCAAGUACAUCCCGACUUCUGGCACAUACCCGAAGGGGUUCACUGUUUCCGGUACACAUGUCGGCGUCAAAGCGACGAACACCAAAUUUCCGGACCUUGCCCUCAUCUCCUCCGAGACACCAUGUUCUGCCGCUGCUGUGUUCACAACCAACAAGUUCCAGGCGGCUCCAGUCCAGGUUAGCAAGAGGAUUCUUGAUUCGACUCAAGGCCAGGGGAUCCGCUCUGUUGUCAUCAACUCAGGAUGUGCCAAUGCCGUGACCGGCAAAGGUGGCCUUGAAGAUGCGACGAGCAUGGCUACGAAAGUGGACGAACACACUGGCGUUUCCGAGUCUGGUACCCUCGUCAUGAGCACUGGUGUCAUCGGCCAACGCCUUCCCAUCUCCAAGAUCCUCUCCAAGAUCCCCGAUGCCACGCAAAGCCUAUCCUCAACCCACGACGCCUGGCUCACCACUGCCCGCGCCAUCUGCACAACGGAUACAUUCCCCAAGCUUCUUUCCCGCACCUUUACGCUCCCCUCCUCCCCCGGCCGCACGUACAGUCUUGCUGGAAUGACCAAAGGCGCCGGCAUGAUUCACCCCAACAUGGCUACCCUCCUUGGCGUGAUUGCUACAGACGCCCCCAUCGUUCCCUCAGCCCUGCAAUCGCUGCUCAAAUCUGCUAUUUCGCGCUCAUUCAACGCUAUCUCCAUCGACGGCGACACUAGCACAAACGACACUGUGGCAAUCCUCGCGAACGGAGCCGCAGGCGGCGCGCCAAUUAACUCCACCCAAUCGAACGACUACGCUGUCAUGCAAGAGAUCCUCACCUCAUUCACGCAAUCACUCUCACAACUCGUCGUGCGCGACGGCGAGGGCGCAACCAAGUUCGUUACAGUCCGCAUCCAGAACUCUCCGGAUUUCGAGUCCGCGCAGCUUAUCGCGUCCACGAUUGCCCGCUCCCCACUUGUCAAAACAGCGUUGUACGGCCGUGAUGCGAACUGGGGUCGGAUUCUGUGCGCUAUUGGAUACACCCAGGGCGUUGCGCCGGGAACUGUUGUGCCGGAGCGAACCAGCGUCAGCUUCAAGCCUGUUGAUGGAAGUCCUGUGCUGAAGCUCCUUGUGAAUGGAGAGCCGGAGCAGGUGGAUGAGCAGCGUGCCGCUACCAUUCUCCAGGAGGAAGAUCUGGAGAUUGUUGUUGACCUAGGUGGUGGCGAGAAGGGUGAACUCGGCGGCGAAGAAGGCGUGUACUGGUUCUGCGACUUCAGCCACGAGUAUGUCACUAUUAAUGGUGAUUAUAGAACUUGAUUGAAUGAGUACAGAAGCAAGAUUAAAUUCUCAAGAUGGAGAAAAAAAAUGGCUUGACAUAUGGCAUUUUGCGCGUUUUAUAGUAAUACAAGCUAGAAACGCUUUUGAAUGUUUUCUAUAGAAUAUGGUUACAAACCAGGUCGGCGCUAUAUACAGUUGUGGCUUGCUUUUCCAAAGCAGAGAGAAUUCGGCCCUAAUUCAAGUGCUAACAACCUUCCCAUACAUUUUCACGAUUGAGAAAAUACAUCCAAAUUACUGUCGGAGCCACAACAGUGCACCGCCUGGUAGCGCGCGGAAAGAUCAAGGGAUAGGGAAAUAUAAGAAUCCGCGACUUCCCUUGCUUAUGCAACUCAUCAAAGCGAAGAAAAGAAGAAAAAAUUGGCCAGUAGUCCCAGUUUAGUUACCGGGAACAAGGCCCUUGAGGCCACCGCCGAUGUCGCCUUCGCGAGCGGCGAUUUCAAAGUAACCGUAGAUAAUACUAAAGA